AUGUGGAACCAGGGAGGAUACAGUGACUCGAGUAUGGCUGUCGGUGGCUACACUCAGUCCCCCGGUGGCUUUGCGUCACCUUCUAUGUCCCAGGGUGGAGAGAAGAAAUCAAGAACCAGAGCGUCACAGAUCAUACCCUGCACCGUUUCCCAGCUAAUGUCCGCUAGCCAGGUGGACGAGGUCUUCAAAGUUGGCGAAGUGGAGGUGUCGCAGGUGACCAUCGUUGGAGUCAUUCGUAUUACAGACAAAUCCAUGACCAACAUCCAGUACAAAGUGGACGACAUGACGUCUGCCCCCAUGGAUGUAAAACAGUGGGUGGACACAGAGGACCCCAGCGUGGACGGUUCGGUGCUCCCUCCUAACACUUACGUCAAAAUCUCGGGAAAUCUGCGCUCCUUUCAGAAUCACAGGUCGGUGGUUGCGUUCAGCGUGAGGCCCGUGGAGGACAUGAACGAAAUCACUUCGCACAUGCUGGAGGUGGUCCAGGCACACAUGGCGCUCAGCAAGGAUCAAAACUCGGGUAACUAUAUGUCGUCUGUGUCACGUCCCGUAACUUCCAGCAGCAUGGACACGAGCUACAUGGGUGCGCAUGACACUGUAAACAACGGUUUAAGCGCCAAUCAGAACCAGGUGCUGAGUUUUAUCAAAAGCUGUCAGGACCCACUAGGCGUCACCCUUCAAGACCUGAGGACAAGACUGAGCCACAUCAGCUUGCCAGCCCUCAAGCAAGUGUUGGAAUUCCUCGGCAACGAAGGUCAUGUCUUCUCCACCAUCGACGAAGACCACUACAAGUCAACUGACUAUGGCAUGUAG